AUUCAAGUACCGCCCACAGCGCUAGAGUUCAGCUGCGCUCACUGUGUGGAGAGCAGCAAACGGGCUGUAGAUGAGCACUGGUGCAGCGCAUUGAAAGUCUUCUGCUGAGAGCUCUGUCAGUAUGCAGUGUUUGUAUGUGUCUAUGAGGCUUGCUUUAGGGUUCUGCAGGUAUGUCAGUGUACCACACUUACCAUGCUCAUCUGUAUCACUGCAGCAAAACCACAUCCUACAUCCCAGGUACAGCAGUACAACAGUAAAUCGGAGCACGAUAUCCUAUAGCUAUGUGAUAGUUGGGGCGGGAUCCGCAGGCUGCGUGCUAGCCAACCGCCUCUCAGAGAAUGCCUCUGAUUCGGUGCUCCUGCUGGAGGCAGGGCCUAAAGAUAUGCAGCUCGGCAGCACCCGCCUGUCCUGGAAGAUUCACAUGCCCGCCGCGCUGACGUAUAACCUCUGCGAUGACAAGUUUAAUUGGUUUUACCACACGUUACCUCAGGCAGGCAUGGAUGAGCGGGUGAUGUACUGGCCUCGUGGGCGAGUUUGGGGUGGCUCAUCGUCACUCAACGCCAUGGUGUAUAUCCGCGGGCAUGGCGAGGAUUAUAACCGCUGGCAGAGAAAGGGUGUCGAGGGCUGGGAUUACGAUCACUGUCUCCCGUACUUCCGGAAAGCCCAGACGCAUGAGCUGGGAGCGGACCGGUACCGAGGGGGCGACGGGCCACUGCACGUCUCGCGAGGAAAGACCGAUCACCCUCUGCAUCACGCAUUCAUCGAAGCAGGUCAGCAGGCAGGUUACCCCUUCACUGAUGAUAUGAAUGGAUUCCAGCAAGAAGGAUUUGGGUGGAUGGAUAUGACCAUCCACAAAGGUAAACGAUGGAGCACAGCAAGUGCUUACCUUCGCCCUGCCCUAUCCAGACCCAACCUGACAGCAGAGGUUGGUUGCAUGGUGACCCGCAUCCUUUUUGAUGGGACGCGAGUGCGAGGGGUUGAGUUCCAGCAGAAUGGACAGACGAAAAAGGUGUUUGCUGAUAAGGAGGUGAUUCUCAGUGGAGGAGCCAUUAACUCUCCUCAGCUCCUACUGCUGUCUGGAGUAGGAAAUGCAGAUGAGCUUCACAAACUUGGUAUUCCUGUGACUCAACACCUCCCAGGUGUGGGCAGUAAUCUUCAGGAUCAUCUGGAGUUGUAUGUUCAGCAUCAGUGUACUCAACCCAUCACACUGUAUAAAGCACAGAAGCCUUUUCACAUGCUGAAGAUUGGUCUGGAGUGGCUCCUGAAAUUCACAGGUUAUGGUGCUACAGCUCAUUUGGAGAGCGGCGGUUUCAUUCGCAGUCGUGCCGGCGUUUCUCAUCCUGAUGUUCAGUUCCACUUCCUGCCCUCGCAGGUCAUCGAUCACGGACGUGUUAAAUCCAAAAUCGAAGCUUUCCAGGUGCACGUUGGACCCAUGAGGAGCACAAGUGUCGGUUGGAUCAAACUGAAGAGUAAAGACCCCCAUGCCCACCCCAUCAUCCAACCGAACUACCUCUCCACUGACACUGAUGUUUGGGAGUUCAGAGAAAGCGUGAAGCUCACGCGAGAAAUCUUCGCUCAGAAAGCCUUCGACCCGUUCCGCGGCCCCGAGGUGCUGCCCGGCCCUGCCGUCCAAUCAGAUGCAGAGAUUGAUGCAUUUGUCCGGCAAAAGGCGGACAGCGCCUACCACCCAUCCUGCACAUGUAAGAUGGGCGAAGCCUCUGACGUCAUGGCGGUGGUGGAUUCUGAGCUGCGUGUGUAUGGUUUGGAGGGGCUGAGAGUGGUGGAUGCAUCCGUCAUGCCCUGCAUUGUGAGUGGCAACUUGAACGCCCCCACGAUAAUGAUCGCAGAAAAAGCAGCGGACGCCAUUAAAGGGCUUCCCUCACUCCACGACCCACAAGUGCCUGUUUACCAGCCCGACAGUCUACACACCCAGAGAUAACGUUGACAUUUGACCUAGACCAGAUAUGAUAAUACCCAAAAAUUAUGAGGGUCAUUUAAUUGACCCUCAUGUUGUUUCAAACCUACAUGACUUCCUUUAGCAGAAUGUUCAUACAGCUCUUUUCCAUACCACAGCCACAUCUGUCAAGGUCCAAAAACAUAGUAUCAUAAAAGUGUUCAUUAUAUUCCAAGUCUUCUGAAGUCAUUCGAUAGCUUUGUGUGAGGAAGAGACAAAAAUUUAAAUUUACUCAUAACCUUCUGCUGAAGCUCUUACAUCUAAUUAUCUAUUCUGCAUAUUAAAACUGGCACAUCAUGUUCAGUUACGAUUAGAGGUUGACUGAUUUAUUGGAUUCACCGUUUAAUCUGGGCCAAUAGACAAUUGCGUUUUUUAACUAUUGGCUGUCGGAGAAAAUCAACUCUGAUAGUUUUUUGGUUUCAUUUCUCCGUGACCGGCACUGGAGUGUUCUACAGUCUAUCAAUUUGUCUAAUCUAUCAGUUUGCUUCAGAAGACAUUAAUUGAUUGACGAGUCAUGUGGAUUACUUUUAUGCUGCCUAAAUAUGCCUUUUGGACCAUCAAAUAGUCAGCAGCCUCACUGCACCCAUUCACUUUCAUUGUAUGGACAGAGCUGAAAUGUGAUUAUAAAAAUCUUCACUUCGGUUCUGCUGAAGAAGGAAAGUCAUACACAUCUGGGAUGGCUUAAAGGUAAGUAAAUCAUGAGAGGAUUUUCAUUUUUGGGUGAAUUAACCCUUUAAUAUGCUGUUUUGAAUAAAAAUAAAUCACUUGUGAAUUCGUGCAGAUCCGUAGAGUUUUUGUUUUCCAGGAUCUAAAGGCAUCCAAUAUGUUCCAGUCAGGUUACAAACAUGAGCACUCCAAAGAGGUUUUGUUUCUAAGUGAAUUUAUAAGUUAAUUAUCAGUGGUAAAUCAGAAAUUUUUGCUUUUGCUUGGCCGUUCACUUGCCGUUCAGUGCAAAUGACAUUGCUCUUUUUCUCUCUCCCGUUCUUGCACAUCAUUCAUAUAUUUAAUAUAACUAUAAAAUAAAGUAAUAAAUAUUGUCAGUAGUGAUGAAGCAUACAGUCACUAUUUGGCUUUGUAAGGCAGUGUUUUAUGUUACUGCUGAACAACAUACACAUUUGACCUGUAAUAUUUUAAUUAAUAUUUUCAUUCAUUUCAGAUGGCAAAAGUUUGAAGAAGGUACCAAUGUGGGAGAAAUGUUUAAAUAUUGUCAUUGAAAGUGAUCCUUACUUAAGUUCAGCACUAUUUUACACUGACUGGAAAGUUUUCAUUCAUAUAUUAUGCAUUUUAUAAACUACUGGCUGAUUAAUCGGCAGUCAGCCAGUUGUCCCACCUGAAUUAUCGGUAUCAGCAAAACCCACUAUCGGUCAACCUCUAGUUAUGAUACACAGAAGAGCCAACGAUGUUUGACAUCUAUAGUCGCGUUUACACAUACAGCCUUUUCCAGAAAAUGACCUACAAUCUCCAGUUUAGUGGUCAUGUUUGAACACGACUCUUUUGAAAAUACUGGUACAUUUUGCUCUGGCUGUUUUCCUUAAUGCAAAGUUGUAUCAUUACCUAUAAUUCCUUAUUGAUGGUAUGUGUGAACUGAGCCAGAAGAUUACCGGUUUGAAUUCGUAUGAGGUCAGGGCGCACUGACGUAAUAACAUUCUGACGGAGGUGAUGCAAUUACUCUGCGCCACUUACCGUUGGUGACUCGGAAGUAAGAAAAAUGUCAACAAACUGGUCAGAUAGUGAAACUAGAGUGCUCCUCUUCAUCCGAGCAGAUGAAUACAUUUCCUGACAGCUGAAAGGAACAGUUAGCGAUUUCCCAUGUAUUCUCAGAUGAACCUACGUUCUUCGCGCAGAUCUCUGUGUAGCGAAAUACGUACAUAUUAGUGUUCUUUUCAGCUUCAUAUAGCGUCUCCGCCUUCGGAUGCUAGCAACAACAUUUUGCUCUCUGUAGUUCAACAGUCUUAUUUGAAGUCGUCGCAUACAGUGUCGCUGAGUCUCGAGCAAGUGCAUAAAUGAAAACAGUCGGCAAAGAACUGAAAAAAAACAUUACCGACCGCAUACGUUCAGAUAAAAAUCAUACCCCACCAUGUUUUCAAACUAAAAGCCCACAUUUCCAGUGCAGCCGUGUUGAGGUCAUUUCUGGCAAACAAGGUUACUUAGUUUAAUGGCAUUUGGUGCUGAUGUGUGAAUGGUAGCAAAACUGAGAAAAAAGACAGGAAGUAGUUUCAUGUGUGAACAGCACAUCUCUCUCAGCACGACUCUCAAAACUUCAGAAGACUUGAAAUAUAGUGCAAUAGUCACAUGGACAACUUUUAUUAUACUUUAUGAUCAAUUUAAGGUGGUUACAGGGUGUUCUUUGGUCCUUUCUGAAGCAGCUGUUGUCACUAUGAAUUGUUGCAUGCAGAU